UUACAGAUCUGUCUCACUUGUGGAAAUGGACUCCAUUGGAAGAUUUACAAUCGAAGUGCCAGAAAUGGCACAUUAACUCAUCCCAACAGCCUUGUCAGACAAAAGCGAGAAUGGACGGUCCCUCCUGCUUUCAUACGGGAAGAGGAAGACAAUUCCUAUAGGAAUCCAAUUGCUAGAAUACAUUCUGAUUUUGAAGACACAGGGGUAGUGGUAACUUACACUAUAUCUGGUCAAGGAGUUACAGAACCCCCUUAUGGACUGUUUGUUAUCAAUGGAAAGACCGGAGACUUGAACAUCACAGGAAAGGUUGACAGAGAAAAGACUCCAGUGCUAUUUUUGCGAGGUCAUGCUCUAGAUAAGACCGGAGCAAAACUGGAAGAGCCAAUAGACCUCCCAGUUAGAGUUCUAGAUAUAAAUGACAAUCCUCCAGUGUUUUCACAUGAAGUUUUUGUUGGUUCAAUUGAAGAAUUAAGUGAAACAGGUACAAUUGUAAUGAGGUUAAAUGCAACGGAUGCAGAUGAACCAAAUAACCUGAAUUCCAAAAUUGCAUUCAAGAUCAUUUCCCAAAGCCCUAGUUCUGCAUUCAAUAUGAAUAAAGAUACUGGCGAGGUUCGAGUAGCAGCAAUAAACCUUGACAGAGAGACACAAAGUAGCUAUUCUUUGGUGGUGGAAGGAAAGGACCGUGGUGGUGCAGCAGAUGGGAAUAGUGCAACAUGCUCUUUAGAAAUCAAGAUUUUGGAUGUCAACGACAACCUUCCUGUGCUUGAAAGCUCUGCAUUUGAAGGAAGCGUUGAAGAAAACAGAGCAAAUGUGGAAAUUAUGAGAAUAAAAGUAUUUGAUAAAGAUGAAGAGUUUUCUGAUAACUGGUUAGCAAACUUUUCUUUUGUCUCUGGUAAUGAAGGCGGCUAUUUUCGUAUAGUAACAGAUACCAGAACAAAUGAAGGAAUUUUGACUCUUGUGAAGGAGCUAAAUUAUGAAGAAAUGAAAAGCCUAAACCUGGGCAUCGUUGUUACAAACAAAGCAGAAUUUCACAAGUCCAUUAAAAGCAGUUAUAAAGCACAAACAAUUCCGAUCAAAAUUAAUGUGAUUGAUGUGCGGGAAGGCCUUGUAUUCCCAAGUGGCACAAAAAUUAUUGAAGCAAGUGAGAGUGUGCGAGUGGGGCAGGUCAUUGGACAGUAUCAAGCUGUUGAUGAAGACACUGGAAAAGCAGCAGUGCGCGUUAAAUAUAUCAAAGGAAGAGACCCAGCAAACUGGAUCACGAUAAAUUCAAAUACAGGUGAAAUCCAACUUGCUAAAAACCUCGAUUACGAAUCACAUUAUGUAGUAAAUGGUACCUACACUUUUACCAUGUUGGGUGUAACUACUGAUCUUCCUACAAAAACAGCCACUGGCACCGUUGUUAUUCAAGUUCAAGAUGAGAAUGAUAACUGCCCAGUUAUUGAGAACCCUAUACAGACUGUGUGUUCAGAUGCAAAUUUUGUUGAUGUUACAGCUAAGGAUAUAGAUAGUUACCCCAACAGUGCUCCCUACAGCUUUUCUGUCAUUGAUGAGCCAGAAGGAACAGCAAGAAAGUGGAUAGUUGCAUCCAAAAAUGCCACCAGUGUACGAUUGGUUCCCCAGAACCUGAAGGAAGGCAGUGCCAAAGUCUCCCUGCUAAUACAGGAUUUCCAAGGGUUCAGCUGUGCUCAGCCACAGUCCCUGCAACUGUUUGUUUGUACGUGUACUGCUGACGGCGCAUGCAAAGAUAGAAUUACUGGCACUGGGUCAGUGGGUCUGGGACCAGGAGCGAUUGCACUGAAUCUUGGCGUUUUGCUUCUGCUGCUUAUUCCGCUAUUACUGCUGUUGUGUCCGUGCGGCUCAGGAGCAAAGAAGGGAUUUGCUGCAAUACCAGAUUGUAGCGAAGAGAUGUUGCGUAAAUGGAACAGUGAAGGAGCAGCUCCUGAGGAGAAGUUAAUGCCAAGUGUCAUGCUACCCACUGCAUCAGGGAACUUGAAAGAACCGGCCGGCAGAGCAGCAGUAACAGCAGCGGCAGCAGCAGCAGCAGCAGGAAUGAGUGCAGAGGAAGCUGCAGCAGGAGGGAGCAGUUCUGCCUCUUACAUAAGAGGACAGAACAACAUGAUUACCAGGGAAGAGCAAAGACAUCUUUCUCAUGCUGAUUACCAUACCAGAACCAUGGCAACUGGAGGGUCUGAAGGCAUGGUAGCUGGAGAAGGCAACAUGGUGGUGACUGGAGGAGGUGUGGCGAUGGGAUCUGCAGGGGCCAUGAAUGAAGAAUUUUUAAGAGAUUACUUCACUGACAAAGCUGUCUCUUUUGCGGAAGAAGAUGAAGCUCAAGCUGCAAGGGACUGUCUCCUGGUUUAUUCUCAGGGGGAGUCAGGCUCCCCCCAUGGCUCCAUCGGCUGCUGCAGCUUUAUUGAGGGUGACCUCGACGACCACUUUCUUGAUGAUUUAGGAGAGAAAUUUAAGACUCUGGCAGAAAUAUGCAUAGGCAGACACAUCGACAUGAAAGACACUAGCUGCAAGAAUGAAUCCAGUUUUGAUGUUAAUGAGCAAAAGGCUUUUAGCUCCAAACAAGUCUCUGCCUCAGGUGGCUACUUCUCACCCACCCCAUCAGCGCAGGCAGGAGGUGCUGUAGUAUUGGAGGAAACAUCCUAUUCUGCAGAGGGCCAUACCCACUCAGCUGCCAGCUUUUUAGAUCCUCAGUUUAAGGAGAACAUAGUGGUGACAGAGAGGGUGCUGGCCCCUGCCUCGAGCUUGAGGGGAAUGGUGGAAAUUCCCAGCCUGCCCUCCGGAAACAACAUGGUGGUUACAGAAAGGAUGGUGACAUCAGAGGGCUUUGAGGUAGGAACCAUGGCAGUUCAGGACCCCUCCGACUCGAAGUAUGUGGUGGUGAGGGAGCGGGAGAGGGUGCUCGUGCCCAGCACUGAGCAGAGCUCACUGAGCAUUCCCACCUUGUCUGAAGGGCAGAGCAUGGUGGUGAAUGAGAAUGACCUCACAGCCUCAGCAGGGCCUGGUAGAGCUGAACAGGUGCUGAUCACGGACUCCCUGCUGAGCUCUUUGGAGGGGGCACCUCCUGCCAGCUCCACGCUGAGCAAGUCCUCAAGAGUCACCAAGUACAGCACAGUGCAGUACAGCCGCUCCUAUUUACUUUUCUGUUUUUGCAAACUACAGAAAGCAUUUGUGUAUGCAGAUGAAGAUGAAGGUCGGCCAGCAAAUGACUGCCUAUUAAUAUAUGAUCAUGAAGGAAUAGGUACUCCUGUUGGCUCUGUUGGUUGCUGCAGCUUUAUUGGAGAAGAUACAGAUGAAACAUACUUGGAAACUUUAGGACCAAAAUUUAAGACUUUGGCAGAGAUUUGUCUGGGCAAGGAGAUUGAACCAUUCCCUGACGCCAACCCACCUUGGCCAGGCAUUAACGUCACCUUCCCCAACUCUGAAUGUGACCUAAACCUCCCACCACCUGGAACCACAAUCCUUGUCAACGGAUCUGCACCUAUGGCUCCCCCAGCCGGCACUACCACGGUUGUUACCGAAAACACCUAUACAUCUGCAUCUACCGUACAGCCCCCACGGCCAAUGCCUGAUCCUUUGCUCCACGGCAAUGUGACGGUGACAGAGACCUACGCCUCCGGUUCUCCCUCUCUUUGUGUUGACCCACUGCGUGCAUCCAAUGUUGUUGUAACAGAAAGGGUUGUUGGUCCUGCGUCUGCCUCUGAUUUGCGUGGCAUGUUAGAUAUCCCUGAUCUUGCAGAUGGGUCCAACGUAAUCGUCACAGAAAGAGUCAUUGCACCUAACUCCCGGCUCCCAGCAUCUCUGAGCAUUCCUGAUUUGGUAGAUGGGUCCAACGUGGUGGUGACAGAAAGGGUGUUCAGGCCUGCCUCUGGGAUGCCAGGCAGCUUAAUAAAUAUUCCCUCAGAGUUAUCCAAUGCCCACAAUGUGGUGGUCACUGAGAGGGUAGUGUCAGGGUCUGGGAUGAGCAACCUGGCAGGGGGAGGACUAGGAGGAGCCAGCCUGGGUGGACUGAGCAGCACGGGCCAAAUGCUCAAUGCUGACUGUCACCUUGGUCAGGCAAUGGGCACAGCAUCCCCUGGCACCUCCCGGAGAAGAGUGACAAAGUACAGCACCGUGCAAUACUCAAGCCAGUAAGGCUCCUGACAGCGCACCUCCCCAGUGAAAUCACCACGUACACCAAUACCUAUUAGCUGCCACUCACCAAGAAUAUUGUCAUUAUUUAUAACUAGCACACAGCACUGAAAUUACAGGGAUUCCUCCUUCAGUAAGGAUCUCAGAAGGAUGCCCUGUUACAAAGUCAAAAACUUUGUCAGUGAAAGGAAAGUUGAUGUUAGCUCUAAAUUUUGCUCUCUCUCCACAGAGCUGUAAGCGUGUACAAACAGACACUAAUGUUUUUGGAGAGAUAUCUGAUUACUAAGCAGAUCGGUGAGAGGGAAUCUUUGCAUGCAUGCAGUACCAGCAUGAAUUAAUGUAACAUGGAAGAGUGUUAAAAUACUAUAUUGCUAAGCGAUCUCCCACAGUAAGCAGAUUUAGGUUGAUUGCUCCUUACUGACAAAAUAGAAAAAGAAAGCAAUUAAUAAUUAGUCAAUACAAGACUAAAUAAGCACUUUCAAAUGUAUCACUUUACUUUUCAUGUAAUUCCAGGUGCGCUGCAAAAUGGCACUUUGAAUCAUUUCUCUUAUCACCAGCAAAAGUUAAAUGUAAUGAUCAUAUAAAUGCAAUACUUUUUCAUAGCUUACGAAAGUUCUCAAUGAAACUCACACUCUUUUAUGACCUUCUAUGUUGUAAAUGCUCCUGGCCAUGAGUGUGGCCAAGAAUUUGCUGCAGCUGGAGCUGCAACAUUGAUGCUGUCAACAGAGAAAUUGCUGGCUCAUCUUUUCAUGAAUACCAUUACAACUUUACUUAAAUCUAGAAGGACUUUGGUGAUAAACAGGAGCAUUUAGUUGGAUUUUUGUGCCAAACUAUGACUACCAUUUAAGUCUCCAACACAAUGUUAUUUUAUGAGGACUAUAACAUAACAUGCCAGUUCUCUUUUCAAAAACUGCCAAGAAAACGAAGUUAUAAAAGCUUUGUGAUGUGGGGAGGCAACAGCAAGUAUUGUAAUACUGAUAGUGGUAGCUGAAGAUCUUCAUACAAAACGAAAAAAAAACCUUGGGAACAACAUAAAUUUGCAUAUAUGCAAUGUGGAGAAUUAUUAUUUCAUGUGUCAAUGUAUUUUGCAUUGAUAUUUUGAAAAUGUAUUUGAAUGUGUUAAUUGAAAAAGUCUUUUUGAUUCUAUAAUCUUAAUUAAAUCCGGCUUUUAUUUUCCCACAAAAACAACUCUACUGGACUCUGUUAUUCUAGUAAUACCUUAACACACUUUACAACAUGAUCUGAAGGAGCAAAAUACUGAAAUAUAGUAUCUAUCUCAUUUUAUUUCUGUAUCAUAUGUAUAGUAAGCAUGGUGUAUGCUACAUCGCUUCAGUGUAAAUACAUCAGAGUUAUAUGGAGGGAUUGGCUUGUUUUGCUAGAUCACCAGAUCAGUGCUUUUUCUCAAAUUUUGCUACUCCAGCUUUGAUGGACAGGUUAGUGAAAAGCUGAAGAGUUGUCUGUGAACUUCCCACUCAACAAAAGAAGAAAUUUUCAUAUCCAGAUUAACUCAUCUCAGAACUGGGUGACAAGUUUCUGAUUUCAUUUCAGGAGCAAGCUAUUUAAAUGAUGCUUUCAGAAAUGCAACCAGAUCUGCUCUCAAAGACAAGAUGCAGAGUCAAUGCUACAGCAAUUUACACCAGUGCUCCUCAGGAGUCACUGCCAAAUCCAAGGCUACCUUGAGAAAGGGAUUUUCCAGAACUUCAAGCUUUUCCUGGAAGCAACUGAGCAUGCCAAAUGCUCUCUUCUUGGUAUCUGAAGUAAUGCUACUUACACUUCAUCCUGUAGCUUUGAUUAUCACUAAAAUUAUGUUGAUUUCAGUGGAAUUAUUCUCUUCUAUAUGUUCAUAACUACUGCAAGAAUGGUUUCUGGAAGUGUUCUUUAAGAAAGGAAAAUAGUUACUAAUAUAUAAAGCUGUAUGUUUUUAUAUGUAUGUCUCAAGAUCAGGUAUUACAUACUAAAAUUCACUAAAAUGCUGAAAAGAUCCAUUUUGUUUCACUGAACACCUAUUUGCAUUAAAAAAAACCCACACAAGUAUUUCCAAAAUCAAGGGCACUCUGUACAUUUAGAAAGCCUAUGCAAUAUAGCCAAAGCCCAUUAGAGAUAUUUUUAAUGUAAAAA